AUGCAGAAUCAGCUAGAGCGCACCGAAAAUGAAUGUCAUGACGAAAGGUCGUCGGCGACACAACUCCGUGCACAUCUCGAAGCCGCUGUACGCAUACACACCGCUGAAAACAGACAGCAUGAGCACGUUCGCACCGAGCUUCGAACAGCCUUCGAUGACAACAGAACCCAACUUAUUGAAUACUUGGGUCAUGAGUUUGAGGAAAAGCUUCAGUGGGAAGAAAACGAGUGUAACUUCAGGCUAACUUCUGAGGAGCAGCAGUAUGACAGCUUGAUUGUCGAUCUUGAGGAUCGGAAUGCGGAGCUUAUUGCUGAGGUCAACUCUCUAAGGUUCAACAUUGGUGAGCCUCAAGAGCCCAAGGCCCCCGGUGUGGAAUUGUCUGCUGCUGAACUUAGUGAGCUAAGGGAACCGGCUAACGCCAAAGAGCCCAAGGAGACAGCUGAGAUCCUCGUAGAAGCUCUUAAGUCAGCGAUUCAGAAGCCUGGAGACGAUGAUAAGCCCAAGGCUAAAGAAGCCGAAACGGUCAAACUGCCCGACUUCCCCAAUCCCGAGACUUACAGAAGCUGGAAAAUCACGGUUAGGGAAGCCGUCAGGGCUGCAUCCGAUAGACCUGACGAAGCAUUCAAAUGGGUUCAAGAAGUCUACACGAAGGAGGCCGAUCUAGACAAGCUCAGGGAAACAGGCAAAUUCCUCACGCUAGACACCAAAAUACUCUCGUCCCUUUCGCGAGACCUCCUCAAAGUGCAGUUGAGCGGGGAUGACCUAGCUACCUUCAUCCACAAUUGGGAGUCGGUGAUAGCAGGACUUAAUCAUCAACCCGAGGAAACCACUCUGAGAGACAUCCUACUUCGACAGCUUCGCUGCUCCGGCAAACUCAAGUUUGAUCUGGAAGUCUAUGAUCAUGCAAAGGAAGGCACCGAGAAGCGUACUUAUGAGUAUCUGGUAAC